GGGCAAUUUUAAUAAUUGAGUGCAGUAUUUUCUGAAGGUUUUUGGAAAAUAAGACAAAAAUGGAGAGUCUUACUAAAAACUGGGUUAAAUUAGUCCAUGAAAAUGAAGAAAAAGAAUACGAAGAUACUAUCUUCGCACAAGUCAUUGAAGUUAUUGACUACGGAGAUGGUAACAAAAAGGUAAAAAACUGCCGCUACAGACUCAAAAUUACCGAUGGGGUUAAUUUUCUGGAUACCAUGGUUCUCCACAAGAUCGCAAACAGAAUGAACAAAGACAUUAAGAAAUACGAUAUCAUCAAGAUUAGUAAGCUCACUCUCAGAGAUGCAGGCAAGAGUAAGAAAAAAGUAUGAAUGAUCCUCAAAGCUCCUGUAGUCAUGCACUCUGGACUUGUCAAAGCUAUAGGUGAUGAGAAACAGAUCCUGAAGAACAAAGUACUCAAAGAUGCAGAAGAUGUUGACCUGAAAAUCCGCCCAGAAUUGUUUGAAGAGAGAAAGAUACUUCAAGAAUCAGAUACCAAUGUAAACUUCUUUACAAACAAAAUUUCUGAGCUAAAGAAUUAUUCUACUCACAAGAAGAUGGACACCACAGAAGAUGGAGAUGGUGACGGAGAGUUUACAGCUGUCAAAGUUCUAUCAAACAUCAGUAAGAAUUGGACUAUCAAGGUAAGACUCACCAAGAAAGGAAAUAUCAGACGUUACACUAAUAGUAAUGGAGAAGGAUGCCUUAUGAACAUUGAACUCAUGGACAGAUUUGGCACUAUGAUCCAAGCCACUCUCUUUAGAGAUGGAGUAGAAAAGUAUGGAGACUUCCUUCAGGAGGGUAAAGUUUAUAAAAUAUCCAGAGGAAAUCUUAAGAAAUCCAAUAAGAAGUUCUGAUCUUUACCUCAUGAUUUCUCCAUUACCUUAUCGAAAAUGUCAAAAAUAGUUGAAUGAGACGAAGAUGAACGUAUCGGAACUGAAGUCAUAAGCUACAAGGGCAUUAAUGAUAUAUGUGAAGAAAAGUCUCUACUCUUCUUAGAUUUCAUUGGAAUAAUCCAUAGACUAAACUGCAUUCAAAGAAUAACUACAAGAAAUGGAGAUUGUAAGGAUAAAAGACAGGUCACACUUGCAGAUGACUCAGGCCUCUUCAUACAAUCAACCUUUUGGGGGAAUCAUCCAAAAUUAGAAGAAGUUGAUGUAAACGAAGAUACUGUUAUAGGAAUCAAAGGAGCCAAAAUUCAUGAAUUCAAUGAACAAAAAUCCCUUACUAUUGGUGACAAUAGCAGUAUUGUUUUGAAUCCGAAGGCAAAAAGAACACAAGAGUUGAAAGAUUGGUACUCAACACAGAAGAACAACUUGAUAUCCAUUAAUGACUUUCUGAGUGGUAAGAAAGAAAAGGGAGGCUUAUCCAAUAAGAAUGUAUCUGCUCCAAUGUCGAUUCUCCGUGAGAUACUUACUCUUUCCCAAGUUAUCGACACUGAAAAGUUCAAGCCAACUUCUACACUAUUGUUGGUAGGAUAGAAAAAUUUGUAACCAAAAAGAUAGAAAAGAACAUUUACCUUGCCUGUCCAGAAGUUGAAUGCAAGAAAAAGUAUUUUUCAACCAAAGAAACAAAUACUGG